AAAGAAUCUCCUGGGAGAGAAGGGGAAGACGAAGGAGACCCCCGACCCUGCCGAGCGGGGACCCCCGGGGGUCCGUCGCGCCCCUCCCCGCGGCGUGGGUCCUGCGGGGCGCGCGCCUCCCCGGAACAAAGGGAGCGCGCGUGGGAGGCGGAGCGCGGAGGCGGAGGCAUCGGCGGGCCGCCCCGGGCCGAGGCGGGGCUGGAGGCGGCCGGGCAGCGGCGGAGGCGCAGGGCCGGGGCAGAGGCGCUGCUGGCCGGCUCGGGCGUCGGCGGCCUCCCGAGGGAACAAAGGGCGCCCGGCCAUGCCUCCUCCGGCCCGCCGCCCGGGACGCGCGCCCUGGACGCUGCUGCUGCUCCCGCUCUGCAGCCUCUGCGGGAUCUGCACCCCGAGCCCGGACAGGAGGGGCUACUUGGUGGCUGUGCCCUCGGUCUUCCGGGCAGGAGUGGUGGAAACCAUCAGCGUGGUCAUCUUCAACCCGGCCAAGGAGACGACGGUUCAGAUCCAGCUGACGGUCAAAGGAGAGACGGUGGCGCGAGGGCACGGAACGGUUUUGGGCAAAGGAACCAUCAAGCUCAAGGUGCCCCCGGGGCUACGGGGCCAGGCUCACCUCAAGGUUUGGGGCAACCGUCACUUGGCGGAAGAGGGCUACAUUUUCCACAACCACACCACGGUCACCAUCGACAGCAAAGGCGCCUCCGUCUUCAUCCAGACUGACAAACCUGUCUACAAGCCGAAACAGAAAGUGCUGAUCAACCUGUUCACCGUCAACCCGGACUUGCGGCCCGUCGAUGAGAAGGUUGAAGCCUACAUUGUGGAUCCUCGUGGGUCUCGGAUGAUCGAAUGGAACAACCUGAAGCCAGUUUGCUGCGGCGUCCUCAACGUCAGCUUCCCUCUGUCUGACCAGCCUGUCUUCGGAGAGUGGGUCAUUUUUGCCGCAUUGCAAGGCCAGGUGUACAACAAGACCUUCGAAGUCCAGAAGUAUGUUUUACCCAAAUUCGAGGUGCGCAUCGACCCCCCGCGCUAUAUCCGGGACCUCAGCGCAUGUGAGAAAGCGACCGUCCACGCCAGGUACACUUUUGGGAAGCCGGUCACCGGCCGGCUGACCAUCAACAUGACGGUCAACGGAGUCGGCUACUACAAGCAUGAGUCCGGCCACCCGGUCCUCAAAACCAUGGAGAUCGACGGCUCUGCAGAUUUCGACGUGUGCGUGAGUGACAUGAUGCCGGCCGACGUCCCUGAGCAUUUCCGCGGCACCGUGAGCAUCUGGGCAACCGUCACGGGGGCCGACGGCAGCCGCCAGGUCACCUUCGACGACUCCACACCUGUCCAGAAGCAGCUGGUCGACAUCAAGUACAGCAGGGGGACACCGAAACACUUCAAGCCGGGCCUGCCGUACAGGGCCAAGGUGGAAGUCACGUACCCGGACGGGAGCCCGGCGGACGGCGUGAGGGUCCGGGUCAAGGCUGAGCUCACCCCCAAGGACAACAUCUACACCAGCGAGCUGGUGUCGCGCGGCGGAUCGGUGGAGUUCGAAAUCCCCUCCAUCCCCUCGGCUGCCCAGUACGUCUGGCUGGAGACCAAAGUCACGGCCCUGGGAGGGGCGUCCGCCGGGGACCAGUACCUUCCCAGUUUCCUCUCCAUCAGCGGCUGGUAUUCUCCCAGCAAGUGCUACAUCCAACUCCAGAUGCCAGAACGGCCUUUCCAGGUGGGUGAAGAGGCAUCCGUCGUGCUGAAGUCCACCUGCCCGUGCAAUUUCACCCUCUACUAUGAGGUGGUUUCACGGGGGAACAUCGUCCUCUCGGGGGUGCAGCCCUCAGACGUCACCCGACAAAGGAGCAAGAGGGAUGUUCACGGGAGCGGAGGCGUCACCCACGUCCCAGGCACGGCUUUGCGGCAGGGCCGUCUUACCCAUAGGCGCAAGGGGUGCGGGGCACCCGGGCACCAGGCUCUCAGGGGCGCCAGGCCAAGAGUCCGGGGCCCGAGAGUUGAGUCUGGGGAAGAGGCACAACAUUGGGGGUGGUCUAGAUGGCCCUUGGGGGCUCCCUUCCGAGUCUGUGGUUCUGCAAAGGAACCCCAAAGGUCUUGGGGGUCUAAGGGACCUGCUUUGUCCAGGGCCUUGCAAAUCAAUGUGUUUAAUUUGACGGCAUCAUCCGGAUACAAGAUUGCUGCCUUUCUACCCCUCCCCUUAGGCCCGACGGCCCCUCCUGCGCCCGAGAUGAACACCUGCGUCACCUCGGUCCGCUUCUCCGUGACCCCCAAGAUGGCCCCCCUGGGACGCCUCCUUGCCUACUACGUUCGGGAAGACGGGGAAGGGGUCACCGACAGCCUGCAGUUUGCUGUCAAGCCCUCCUUCGAGAACCAGGUUUCCGUGGCCUUUUCCACCAACGAGACCCGGCCGGGAGACACGCUGACCCUCAAGGUGUCCGCAGCCAAGGGGAGCUGCGUCUGCCUGGCCGCAGUGGACAAGAGCGUCCACCUCCUCAAGCCGGGCUUCCAGCUGACCACGGACCAGAUCUUCCAGGAGAUGGCGGACUACGACGUAUCGGACGCCUUUGGCGCCGCCAAGGAAGAUGGGCAUUUCUGGUGGGCAGGGAUGUCCUCCCGCCGGCGCCGUUCCUCCAUCUUUCCCUGGCACUGGGACAUUACCAAGGAUGCCCGCUUUGCGUUCACGGAAACAGGCCUAGUGGUCAUGACGGACGUGGUCAGUCUCCACCACCGGCAGCACGGAGGGAUGUACACGGACGAGGCCGUCCCGGCUUUCCAGCCCCACACGGGGACCCUCGUCGCCUCGGCCCCCUCCCGGGUGGCACCCAGAGCAGAUAAGAAGAAAAGGACCUUUUUCCCCGAGACGUGGCUGUGGCGCUGCUUCAACGUCAGCGACAUCUCCAGAGAAGCCCAGCUGCGGGUGGAGACGCCCGGCUCCAUCACCACGUGGCUGGCAGAGGCCGUGGGCAUCUCGGAGGAGAAGGGUCUUGGCCUGGCCCCCCAAGCUCAGCUGAAGACCUUCAAGCCCUUCUUCGUAGACUUCUCCCUGCCCUACAGCGUCAUCCGUGGGGAGCAGACCAAGGUCCCCCUGACCGUCCACAACUACCUGCCCGUGUGUGCGGAGGUCCACGUCAAGAUCUCGGUGCCCAAAGGGAUCAAGUUUGUCGGCCACCCCGGGAAGCAUCUCUUGACCCGGAAGAAGUGCGUCGCCCCCGGGAAAGCCAAGCCGACGUCCAUCGUCCUGGCCUUCGCUGAACUGGGGCACAGCAACAUCACAGCCAAAGCCUUUGCUUACGCCGGGAGCUGCUGCCAGGACGGCUCUCCGUUCGCCAAGAACGGGAGGCACCCUGAGGACAUCUAUCCCGACAAGAGGAUGCCGAUCGGGACCGACUACGUCCGGAGGAGCAUCUUAAUCGAGGCAGAGGGCCUCACCCGGGAAUACACCUACAGCGUCUUUUUCUGCCCUAACGAGAAAAUCCACAUUUUCACCCCCAACAAAUACGAGUACCAGUACGUGAGGAAGCCAGCCUGGAUGGGGCAUUUUGAGGUGUCCGUCAAAGCCCACCACAACGCCCACCUGGUGCUGUCGGCCGGACCCCACGACAUGGCCGAGAUGACGGAGAUCGUGAUCGGGGGCCGCCAGAACACCAAGACCUGGAUCUCGACCAGCAAGAUGGGGGAGCCCGUGGCCAGCGCAGAGACGCCCGCCAUCCUCUCCUGGGACGAGUUCCGGAGCUUUUGGGUCAGCUGGGCCAACGGGGUCGUCCAGGUGGGCCACGGCCCCUCCGCCCUCAACGAGUCGGUCAUUGUGAGCUGGGCGCCCCCCCGGCCGCUGGACGUGAAGUACGUGGGGUUCUCCACAGGCUGGGGCUCGGUCGGCGAGUUCAAGAUCUGGAGGAAGAAGGAGGCGGACGAGAACCACAAUGAGGCGUUCACCCUGGGCGUCCCUCACAACGUCAUCCCCGGGUCGGAACGGGCUACCGCCUCCGUCAUCGGGGACGUGAUGGGCCCGACUCUCAACAACUUGGACAACCUCUUGCAACUGCCUUUUGGCUGCGGGGAGCAGAAUAUGAUCCAUUUUGCGCCCAACAUCUUCGUCCUCAAGUAUCUGCAGAAAACGCGGCAGCUCAGUGCCGAGGUGGAAAGGGAGGCGACAGAUUACCUGCUGCAAGGGUACCAGCGCCAGCUGACCUACAAGAGGCAGGACGGAUCCUACAGUGCCUUUGGCGAGAGGGAUUCCUCGGGGAGCAUGUGGCUCACCGCCUUUGUCCUAAAGUCCUUUGCUCAGUCGCGGGGGUUCAUCUUCAUCGACCCCAAGGAGCUUUCGGCCGCCAAGGACUGGCUCAUCCGGCACCAGAAAGAGGACGGAUCGUUCCCAGCAAGAGGGCGGAUUUUGAACAAGGACAUUCAGGGAGGAGUCCACGGGAAGAUAUCGCUGACGGCGUACGUGGUCGCCACCCUGCUGGAGACAGGAGUCGCCUCCGAGGAAGAAAAGAGUUCAGUGGCCAAGGCCAAGCACUUUUUGGAAUCCAACUUCUUCUCGGCCGAAGACCCCUACACGGCCGUGCUGACCGCCUAUUCGCUCACGCUCCUGCGAAGCCUCUCUGCGCCCGCUGCCCUGCGGAAGAUGAACGCCAUGGCGCUCACGCAAGACGGCUUCACUCACUGGAGUCUUAUGGGCACCCUGGCGACGGACGAGGACACUUUCAUGGGCUUCAACGACGGGCUCUCCCAGUCGGUGGUUUCAGCCGAAGUUGAGAUGACAGCUUACGCCCUCUUGACGUACACCGCCCUGGGGGACGUGGCGUCGGCGCUGCCUGUCGUCAAAUGGCUGUCGCAGCAGAGGAACGCCCUGGGGGGGUUUUCCUCCACCCAGGACACCUGCGUGGCCCUCCAGGCUUUGGCCGAAUACGCCAUCCUCUCCUACGUCGGAGGCGUCAACCUCACGAUCUCUCUGGCCUCCACCAACUUGGACUACCAGGAGACGUUUGAGCUGAACCGGGGCAACAAGAAACUGCUGCAAACAGCCAGGAUCCCUUCGCUCCCCACGGGGCUGUUUGUGAGCGCCAAGGGAGACGGCUGCUGCCUCUUGCAGAUUGACGUGGCCUACAACGUCCCCGACCCGGUGGCCAAGCCCUCCUUCCAGCUGCUGGUCAACCUGCAGGAGCCCAAGAUGAAGAGGCACCGGAGAGCCCCCCCGCGGCCCCCCAAGCCCGGCCCCCCGGAGGAGACCCCCCAGCGCAGGGCUGAGCAGGCACUGGGGGACGACGAUGACCCAGCUGCCGACCAGGACCAGCAGGAGUACCGGGUGAUGGUGGAAGCCUGCAUGAGGUGGCUGCAUUUGGGGUCUUCCAACAUGGCCGUCCUGGAGGUGCCCCUCUUUUCGGGCUUCCGAGCCGACCUGGAAAGUCUGGAACAGCUCCUCUCCAACAAGCAGAUCGGCCUGAAACGCUACGAGGUGGACGGCCGGAAAGUCCUCUUCUAUUUCGACGAGAUCCCCAGCCAGUGCGUGACCUGCGUCAAAUUCGUGGCCUUCCGGGAAUACGUCGUGGGGAAGACGGCCCCCGUCCCCAUCAAAGUGUACGACUACUACGAACCAGCCUUCGAAGCCACUCGAUUCUACAACGUCAGCGAGAACAGCCCCCUGGCCCGGGAGCUCUGCGACGGCCCCCUCUGCAACGAGGUGGAGAGCGGCGCCAGCCACUGGGUCGGUUUCGUCCACACGGGGCUCUGCAACAGCCUCUCGGGCUGCCAGGAGGAAGGCUACUUUGAGCAGUGUGAGUGUUCGCGGGAUUGCGGCUCCGGCGGGGACCCCGUCUGCGGCUCCGACGGCCUCGUCUACCCCAACCACUGCCAGAUGGAAGUGGCCGCAUGCGGGAACGGCACUCGGAUCGAGCAAGUCCCCCUGGCCCAGUGCGCGGCCGGCCAGAAUCACCCGGGAGAGACAGAGCCUGACUUCCGACCUCUGGAACUGCCUGGUCUCUCGGAGCAAGAAACCCCGAUCGGUGAGACCCCCCGACCUCUGGAUCUCUGCUUCUGGAGAUAU